UAAAACAAUGCAAUAUAAUGCGGCAGCGUUAAUCUAUCAUAGACUAAAUUGGGUUUUUAUAACUGAGUUUUCGACGAGAGAUUAAACUUUUCGCUAUCAUAUCUGACUCGCAAACAACGAUGACUGAUAAAUAUUUUGAAAGACGAGUGUAUAUAACUGAGAUUAAGAACUUAGAAUAGAGCAAUAUUUCUUCGGAUUUCUAUGAUAACACAUAGAACUAUUUUGUUAAUUUAGUUAUAUAAUUUAUUUAAAAUUUAUUAAGUAAUAAUAAGAUGGAUGAGGUGAUUUGUGAGAAAAUUGAUGAAAAAAAGUCAUCGAAUGAUGUUUCAAAAGCGAAAGAUUUUCCUCAAAUUCGUGCCAUGAUGACUGCUGCUAUUACUAUGUUAAGCGCUGGUACAUUAUUCACGUGGACUUCACCAUCAGUUCCAAAACUACAACAAGCACCUUAUAACUUUACCAUUGAAGAACUUUCAUAUUUAACGGUCAUCCCGCCUAUAGCCAUGGUAAUUUUCAGCCCAAUUUAUUGUUGGUUAUUGGAUAACUUCAGUAGAAAAUAUACUUUAUUUUCAAGUGGAUUUUUCCACAUAGCAUCGUGGAUUUUAAUUUAUUUCGCCGAUAAUAUUUGGAUAUUUUACGCUUCAAGAUUUGUAUGUGGUAUAGCAGAUGCUUGUUGUUUCGCUUCAAUGCCCGCCUACAUAGCGGAAGUAGCAAGACCACGAAUCCGAGGACUUUACGGAAACGCUAUGAUGGUUCUUAUGUUUAUUGGACAAUUUUUAGUUAAUUGCAUCGGUUAUUACACCAGUAUUAAAACAACGGCUUUAUGUAUGAUGGUGUUUCCGAUUACGUUUCUUUUCUUAUUCGCAUCGCUGCCGGAAUCGCCAUAUUUUUGUGUUAUGAAAGGCCGAGAAGAAGACGCAAGAAAAAGUCUUCAACGUUUACGAGGAAUUGAAAACGUGGAUGCGGAAUAUGAACAAAUUUUUAAAGAUGUUUCCAGGCAAAUGACAGAAACAACUCGAUACGUUGAUUUAUGGUCAAUAAAAAGUAAUAGGAAAGCUAUUAUUAUUGCAAAUCUUGCAAGGGCUAUUCAACAAUUCAGUGGGAUUUUUGCUUUAAUGCUUUAUUCUCAAUACAUUUUUAAUUUAAGUGGUGGGAAUAUUUCCGGUGGGCAUGCAGCUAUGUUAUUUAACGGAAUUUUAGCUUUCAUUAAUUUAUUUGCUAACGUUAUUAGUGAUGGAUUGGGUAGAAAAAAAUCAAUGAUUUUUUCUUGCAUUGGAUGUGGAUUGGUGUUAUUAGGAGAAUCGAUUUAUUUCUAUUUUCACGAAUACACAAAUGUCGAUACAGAAGUAGCAUCUUGGUUUCCAGUUGUCGGAUUGAUUAUUUAUAUCAUUAUUUUUACGUUUGGAUUAGGGAUUGUGCCAACAUUACUUCUUGGAGAAUUAUUCAAUACAAGUAUAAGAGGAAAAGCUGCUUUGGUUACAAAUUGUUUCUUUGCGAUUCAACUUUGUGGUGUAAGCAAAUUGUUUCAAAUUUUAAUGACAGGCUUCGGAUUAACGGUACCGUUCUUUUUCUUCACCGUUUGUUGUUUUCUCGGAGGGAUUGUUUCGUAUUUUGUUAUACCGGAGACGAAAGGAAAAACUUUGGAGCAAAUCCAGCAAAUGUUAAAGUAGAUGAUUUUAUGUAUCUUUAUUGUGAUUUUAUAGUAAUUUGUUUUUAAGUUUUAAAAGUAUUAUUUAUAUUUUUAUAAAAUAAAAAACAGAAAAAAGUUUUAGUUCCUAAUCCUACAUAAUUUGGUGAUGAUGUUAUUUUUUUUGUGCCUCAAAAUGCUUAAGCAUCAUCAGCCAGAAAGUUUUAUACGUUUAAAAAUUAUUCCAAGAAUUAAAAAAAUGGUGAAAUUAAGUGAUGAAAUUUUUAUUCUUGGACUUGGCGAUAACAACAACAAUUUAUAGUAUUUAUUCAGUUAAACAAAUAGGAACAUACAUGAAUUGAUGUACACUGUGUUUACUUAAUAGUAAUAAAAAAAGUAAUGAAUCUUGUGAAACAAU